AUGAGUGAUUCUAAGUCGUACGUAAGUUUUUCGUGUCAGCGAUGUUUACAGCCACUUAAGCUAGAUGAAUCUUUAAACAAUCUUGGAGAACACACUAUUGCUGACCUGACACUACAGAUCCGUCGUAAUAAUGAGGCCGAUCUUGAUUUGCAAUCUUCUAGUCUAGAACACUAUGUCCCACCUUUUCGUAUGCUUGAUUCAGGAAAUGGAGCAAAUGGGUUUAUGGUCAUAUCAGAUGGCUGGGAAACCACAUCUUUAGGUCAUCAGUUACAUGUGAAGGCCACACUCUUUGAUCUACUGUCAAACAAUUCUGAUGUUGACCACCCUUUAUGUGAUGAAUGUACUGAUACACUCUUAGAGUUAAUGGACAAUCAGCUAAAAAUAACAGAGGCAGAAUGGAAAGACUAUAACGACUAUUUAAAAAAGCUAGAAGAUGACAAAGAAGACUUGAAUUUAGAAGGACUUGAAAAAGAGUUGCAAGAUUGGAAACAAGAAGAAGAAAGGCUUUUACAGGAAUUAUCUGCAUUACAAAAGGAAGAAAAGGCAAUGAAAGAUGAAAUCGAGGUACAAGAGAAGGAAAAAGAGCGCUUAGAAGUAGAACAAGAUAUUUAUUGGAAAGAGUACACAAGAUACCGUAAAGAUUUAAUGACAACAGAGGAUCAAAUGAAAUUUUAUGAGUGUCAACUAGCAUACACCCAAACACAGCUUGAAAAACUAAAGAAAACAAACAUAUUUAAGGCAACCUUUCAUAUAUCGGAUUCAGGACAAUUUGGAAUAAUAAAUAAUUUUAGGCUAGGUCGACUACCAACCGCACCAGUUGACUGGUCAGAAAUCAAUGCAGCAUGGGGACAAACUGUGUUACUUUUAUCGUCAUUGGCAAGAAAAAUAAACUUCUGCUUUCAACGCUACAGACUAGUACCAUAUGGAAACCAUUCAUACAUUGAAGUUUUGGAGGAUCAGAAGGUAUUACCAUUGUAUGGUUCUGGCGGCUUCCGGCUUUUGUGGGACACGAAAUUUGAUGCUGCUAUGGUGGCCUUUUUGGACUGUCUCCAGCAGUUUAAAGAACAAGUUGAAAAGGGUAAUACAGGGUUUUGCUUGCCCUACAGAAUAGAUAAAGGAAAAAUAGAAGACACUGCAUCACCACCACAUGCUUAUUCAAUUAAAAUCCAGUUUAAUUCUGAGGAGCAUUGGACCAAAGCACUCAAAUACAUGUUAACUAAUUUGAAGUGGGCACUGACUUGGAUAUCAUCUCAGUUCAGUGAGGACAAAAUAGAGGCUUAA